AAAUCCCUUGUCGUGCUGUGGGUCUCAUUGUUCUCUUUGAGGUUCUCAUCAUCUUGGUAUCAAAGCAUCAGAUCCCUAAAUCAGAUUUGUUGGAGUUAGGUUGCUGCAAAAUAACUUGAAUUGAGCUUAUUUAGUUCAAUAACGUACUGAAAGAGGAAAGUUGAGUGAGGGAAAAAGGCAAGAGGUGUGAGCAACACUUGAGAAAAAAGCCAAGUUCUACAGUAUGCAAAACACGAGCAUUGAGUGCCAUUCUAUGACAGAGUGGAGUGAAACAUGUAAGGGAGUGUUGUGAGGUCCUUUUAUUCUUCUGUUUCUAACAUUCGUUGCAGGUUUCAAUCAUGUCAAACGGUGAUGACAAAUCAACCACUAGAAGACACCAUGUGGAUGAAUCUCUCAUGCUCAAAGCAAUGCAACAACAAUUUCAGAGGCUGGAUAUCAUGUUUGGUGAGAUUAGAGACAAAAUGGAGAAGCAAGAUGCAGCUAUGGCCAAUUUAUACCAAAUACCGAAUGGAAGUCCGAAUUUGUGUAGGAAUGACACUAAUAUUAUGAAGCUGCAUUCAACAAUGAUGCCCAGAACUCAAAUUUUAGCAUGAACAGAUUUAUGAGAGGUAGAAGGCAUAAAAAAAAGGUAUGUUUAACUGAGGAGAGCACAAUCUGAUGAGGUGGGGAGAUCGGCAAGAUCAUGACUUAGGUAGCAUCAAGAUGAAGAUUCCUCUGUUUCAAGGCAAAAAUGAUCCAGAUGUGUAUUUGGAGUGGGAAAAGAAGGUGGAAUUGGUGUUUGAUUGCCAUAACUAUUCUGAGGAGAAAAAGGUGAAACUAGCAACUGUGGAAUUUACUAAUUAUGCUGUGAUGUGGUGGGAUCAGCUUGUGCUUAGUCAACGUAGAAAUCAAGAGCGUCCUGUUGACACUUGGGAAGAGAUGAAAGCUGUGAUGAGAAAACAAUUUGUUCCUAGUCACUACUACCGUGGCCUCUAUCAGCGAUUGCAGGGUGAUGGGAAUCAAGAUGACCCCACAUGCACCACGUCAAGAGAUCCAUUACACAUUCCAGGAGGUCCAGUCACGAGACCUAGAGCCAGGAAAAUGCGAGAAGCUUUAAAUGGCCUUAUUGAGCAGAUCUGGGUUGAUAACAACAUGCAAAAAGUAAAUCAAAGCUUGGAUGAUUAUCAAAGCAUGAUGAACAUCAUUCACGUUCAAGAGAAGCUUAAUUGAGGUCAUUUAUGCUAAAUUACACAGUUUGCGUCAAAAUCCUGCAAUUCUGUCGCAAUUUGUAACAAACUGAUAUUUCAUAU